AUGGGGCCACUGACGGCACUGGGUGUUUUAGCACUGAUCGCUUCUACGGCGGCGGCGCCUUCGCCACUCUUGGGAUGUAUGCUGCCGAGCCCAAUACCGCCUUGUCUGGAACCUGAGCCCUGUUACCAGCCCUGUCAGGAGUCAGACAUCCCCCCCUGUCCCGAGCCAUGCCCCUGCCCGGAACCGUGUCCCGAUCCGUGCUCGGAGCCGCCACUGCCCUGCCCACCGCAGCCCUGCGAUCCGUGCCAGCCAGCGCCAACUCCCGGCGGCAACGGCCCAAUCGGCGUGGUGGUGCCCAGGACGAGCGUCAGCGACAGCUUGCGCUCGGCCGGCUUCCAAUCGGUACAAGUCCCGGGCGGCACGUUCUACUUGCACCACGUGCCGCCGGUCAUCAUCCAGCCGCCCCCGAUCCUGGUCAGGCCGGCGCCGCUCCAGCCGAUAACGCCGCCGCCAAUCGUCGUGCAGCCGCCACAGCAGCCGCCCAUCACGCCGCAGCCGGUGGUUGUGCGACCGCCGCCCCUCUCGCCCAUAACGCCGCCCCCGAUCUGCGUCCGCCCACCCCGCCCGUGCCCCAUCCAGCCGGAGCCGGUGGUGGUGCGCCCCGCCAAGCCGGAGGCCAUCCAGCCGCCGGCGAUCAGCGUCACCCAGCCGCAGCCGGCUCCGAUAAACCCGCCGCCGAUCGUCGUGCGUAGGCCCACGCCGCCGACUGUACAGCUGCCCACUAUAUGCGUUCCGACUUCGGCCGUGAUUAGGGGAGGGCCGUGUGCACCUGAGCCCUGCCCCUCCCCCCCGCCGUGUACCCCGCCGUGUCUCCCGCCUUGUCCCCCGCCGUGCUACCAGCCAUGUACCCCGCCGUGUCUCCCUCCUUGUCCCCCGCCGUGCUACCAACCGUGUCCCCCGCCGUGUCUCCCGUCGUGCCCCUCGUCGUGCCCCUACUGUAGCGCCCCUUGCUCU